AUGUCCCGAACGCUGGUUCACAGAGAAACCCAAGUCCUUGACCAUGACGUGGACAAGGUCUGGUCCACCGUAUCGGACUUCGGCGGCGUGGCAACUUGGAUACCCUCGGUCUCGACUUGCACAGUCGAAGGCAAGGGAAUAGGGACCGUCAGGACCGUCAUCAGAUCAGGCAUGUCGAUUCAAGAAAAGCUGGCCAUACUCGACAACGCAACGCACACGAUCAGCUACCGCAUCCUGGAUCCGACGCCGUUUCCAAUGAAGGGGUUCUUCGGCACGAUUCGGCUGGAUGGACAGGGCGGGAAAACGCGCCUGGUGUGGACGGCCGAUGCCGAGGACAUCGACGACGAUGGAAUGGCCAUUGUCCGGCCUGUUAUGGACGACUUCAUCAAGAGUUCGAUCACUGGUUUGCGAGCUGUGCUAGAUGGACAGCCAAAGGACUCUGAAAAGUAG